AUGCGCUGCUAUGUCGCCAACGCCCGGAAACGUUUGUUCCUAGUCGAGGCCCGGCUUCAGAACUUGAAUUGCAAGUGCCGCCAGAACUCGACUGAAACCACCUGCCAUGGAUGGAAUGCUUUCUGUGCAAAUUGGAAUGAGGCCAUUGCCCGAAGACCGAUCGCUGUUGUGGCAUUCUUCAACGCCUCCAGCACCAUUACAUGGCUUACUGUCUUUGGUACCCUUUCAUAUAGCCUGGAACAUGCCCAGAUUAACUUGGCCGACUAUGCUGUUGGAUGGCUGGCCAUGCGUUCGACAGUGAAGCUCCGGCAGCCUUUGAAUCUUGCACUCGCUACUGUUUUGUCCAAGUUUGAGCCGAGACUCUCAAUGCUCAAGGUUUCGCCGCUAUUAACAGCUGCCACAGCGGAUGCAGAGACUCGAAGUGCGAUAAUGUCCGUCUGGGCCAAACUGUUUCGCUGCCGCUUUCUUGGUGUUGGUGGAAGACAUGUCCUGCGGCAGUUCCUUCAGAGGAGUGUGAAGCUAGCAAGCUUUGCAGAAGGUCCUAUGGAUCGUUGUGGAUUGGCAUUCUUCCUUUGCAACAAAUUCACAAACGUUUGUGUUCUUUUGACCGCAACAGCAGCUUCGAUGCAUGGCUUGGACCUGAUAGCUUUGGGUUGCGGGUCCUUCGUUGAUUUGCAAAAGGAUGCUGGUCUACUGGCUUGUGCGAGCGUCCUGAAUGUGGCAUUUGUACCAUUACACUUCUACGGUGCUGUGGGAGCGGUUCAAUUCCUGGAAGUCACUUCAUCCCAUGCAUGGCAAGAGCUUAAGGAUGGUGCUGGUUUCAACGAUACCGAAGAGGACUUCAAGAAGAACUUUGUCUCCAGCGCCGCAGUUGUUGCAGUGGCUUUGGAUUUGAUUGUUGCGGUCUAUUUGAUGAAUCGCCUGACUGGCCUGACAAGGUCAGCCAAGCAAGCAGAAGUGACAUCUGCCCAGGAGUCAAGCGAAGAAAAAGUACCAGACCCAUUUCACACUUGUGAAGCUGAGUGUUGGCAUGAGUCGCAGUAG